CUUUCCACCUGGUUCCGUCCUGGCUUCUCUCUCUUUCUUUCCCAACUUGGAUGCGGAGCUGAGCGGGGCGGCGGCGAUGUGGUGUCACCGGCUUUUACGAUCCGCUUUGCCUCUGGGGCGAGGCAGCGGCUCCUGCGGGCGGGCCCAGUCCGCCUUGGCCCAGCUGCAACACGUCUUGGAAGGCGAGCUCGAGGGGAUCCGAGGCGCCGGCACCUGGAAGACCGAGCGGGUCAUCACCUCCAAGCAAGGGCCGCACAUUCACGUCGAAGGCAACCGAGGAGAGAUCCUGAAUUUCUGUGCUAACAAUUACCUAGGACUCUCCAGUCAUCCUGAUGUGAUCUAUUCUGGACUUGAGGCCCUGAAGAAGUAUGGAGCUGGCCUCAGUUCUGUCCGCUUCAUCUGUGGAACCCAAGAUAUUCACAAGAAUCUGGAGGAGAAAAUUGCUCAUUUCCACCAGCGAGAAGAUGCCAUUCUCUAUGCCAGCUGCUUUGAUGCCAAUGCAGGAAUCUUUGAGGCACUGCUCACUCCUGAAGAUGCAAUACUCUCAGAUGAACUGAAUCAUGCCUCUAUCAUUGAUGGGAUCCGGUUAUGUAAGGCCAAUAAAUAUCGAUACAGGCACAUGGACAUGCAGGAUCUGGAAGCAAAGCUGCAGGAUGCACAGAAAUAUCGUCUGCGGAUGGUGGCUACUGAUGGUGCUUUCUCCAUGGAUGGUGACAUUGCCCCCUUGAAAGAAAUCUGUAACCUUGCUCAGAAAUACAAUGCCAUUGUUUUUGUGGAUGAAUGUCAUGCCACUGGAUUCCUUGGCCCCAAUGGUCGGGGUACUGAUGAGCUCUUAGGAGUCAUGGAUAAAGUCACUAUAAUCAAUUCAACACUUGGAAAGGCACUUGGAGGAGCAGCAGGUGGCUACACAACUGGCCCGAAAGCACUUAUAGAUCUACUGCGCCAACGAUCCCGGCCGUACCUCUUUUCCAACAGCUUGCCUCCAGCUGUGGUGGGUUGUGCCUCCAAGGCUCUGGAUCUCCUCAUGGAGAGCAACGUAAUUGCACAGUCCAUGGCUGCCAAGACUGCACAGUUCCGAAGCAAGAUGGCAGCAGCUGGAUUCACUAUUUCUGGCAACAAUCACCCUAUUUGUCCUGUGAUGUUGGGUGAUGCCCGGUUAGCUUCAGUGAUGGCUGAUGAUAUGCUGAAAAGAGGUAUCUAUGUCAUUGGAUUCAGCUACCCUGUGGUGCCCAAAGGAAAAGCUCGUAUCCGGGUGCAGAUCUCAGCUGUACAUACUGAGGAGGAUAUUGAUCGUUGUGUGGAGGCCUUCACUGAAGUGGGGCAAAAACAUGGAGCCUUGCCUUGAAGGGCUAGAGCACAUGGACUCUGUGCCACAAGAUGCCUUUCAGAAAACUGAACCCAAAAGGCAACAUUUCAAGGAGUGGAAAGUGGAGUCUGUUGUCUGGAGCUUGGAAUGUUCUUCACAUUUUCACCCUGAGUUUGAAAGAAAAAAACACCCUGCUUGCUUGGACUUCAACUAGCAGAACCCUUCAUCCAUCAUGUCCAGUGCCUGUGGAGGUUCUUGGCUUUGGGGAGUUGUAGCUCAAGCAAGUAACUUUUCCAAACCCUGCUUUUACCACUGGUCAAAACAGGCUUUUGUCUAGAUUAAAAUCUAAUUCCGGAAGAUAUGAUAGUGGGCUCAAAGACGUGUGCACACCACGGUUGCCAAACCCUCUCAUCACUUCCAGUCCUCUUUCUAAGAGUGACUUGAACAAAGGUCAGAAAAGCUCCUCUUUUUUUAGAUUACAGUUCCCAGAAUUUUCAGUCAGCAUUGCUGUUGGCCAUGCAGACUGGGGGGUUCUGGGAACUGUAGUCAAAAAAGAGAGAACCUUUUCCAAGCUCUGCUCUGAUGCAUAUUGGGUAUAUUCUAUCUCUACUAAGGAAAGAUCACAAUAACCACAGUGCCUGGAGGAGGACAGAGUAAUAAAGAUGAUGUUGA